AUGGGGAUGGGCAGCGACGCCGCCGCCGUGUUGCUCCCCUUCUCCACCGCCACCACCACGUCACCGCGGUUCUGCGGCACCGCCGUCAGUCACAGGAGGAUAUUUUCAGAUGUUGCUGAGGAUGUCACGGUAUCGGUGGAUGGACAGUCGUUUCUGCUGCACAAGUUCCCUUUAGUAUCUCGGUGUGGACGAGUACGGAAAAUGGUAGUGGACUCCAAGGAUCCAGAUCUCCUAAAGCUGGAGCUUGUAAAUGUACCAGGGGGAGCUUUUGCAUUUGAACUUGCUGCCAAGUUCUGUUACGGUAGCAAUUUUGAAAUAACCACGGCCAAUGUGGCCCAUCUGCGAUGCGUCGCAGAGUACUUGGAAAUGACAGAGGACUAUCAAGAGGAGAACCUCAUUUUCAGGACAGAGACGUACUUAAACGAGAUCGUGCUGAAGAACCUCGAUAAAUCCCUGGAAGUUCUUUGUAAAUGUGAUGGAUUGGAUCCAGUAGUGGAGGAAAUUGGGCUUGUAGAUAGGUGUGUUGAUGCAAUCGCGGUGAAUGCAAGUAAGGAGCAGCUGGUUUCAGGUUUGGCUCACUUGGAAUGUGAUGUGGGAUCUGCAAAGUUGCGCAUGCACUGCCAAGAUUGGUGGGUUGAAGACCUUUCUGCACUGAGAAUCGACCACUAUCGGCGUGUGAUUGCUGCGAUGAGGAGAAAUGGGGUCAGGCCAGAGAGUAUUGGCACCUCUAUUACUCACUAUGCCCAAACAUCACUCAAGGGUGUCGAGAGACGCCAUGUAUGGGACUCAGGUCCCUUUGUCGGAGACAGUCAGAGGAUGAUUGUUGAAACACUCAUCGAUCUGUUGGCGACUGAGAAUAUUACAACGGUUACUUUGUCCUUCUUGUUUGGCAUGCUGAGAAUGGCAAUUGAAGUUGAUGCAAGCCUGGACUGCAGAAUCGAAGUCGAGAAAAGGAUUGGCCUCCAGCUGGAGAUGGCAUCACUAGAUGAUCUGCUGAUCCCCUCCACGCAAACAAGUGAUUCGAUGUUUGACGUUGACACUGUCCACCGUAUAUUGGUGAAUUUCUUGCAGAGGAUAGAUGAAGAUAGUUCAGGAGAGUUGUCACCUUGUGGAUAUGACUCUGACGGACUCAAGUCUCCAAGCCACAGUUCAGUCCUGAAGGUUGGGAGACUAAUGGACGGUUAUCUUGCAGAGGUAGCACCAGAUCCAUAUCUGAAACUGCAGAAGUUCAUGGCUCUUAUUGAACUGUUGCCAGAUUAUGCACGCAUUGUUGAUGAUGGACUCUAUCGUGCCAUCGACAUAUACCUGAAGGCGCAUCCAUCUCUGACGGAGUCGGAGUGCAAGAAGCUGUGCAAGCUGAUCGACUGCCAGAAGCUGUCGCAGGACGCGUCGAGCCACGCGGCGCAGAACGACCGGCUCCCGAUCCAGAUGGUGGUGCGCGUGCUCUACUUCGAGCAGCUCCGCCUCAAGUCCUCGUUCUCGGGCGGCGGGUCCGGGUGCGUGGGCAUCGGCGGCGGCCUCGGCGCCGACGGGUCCUUCUCGCAGCGGUUCGUGUGCAGCAGCAGCGGCGUGCCGAGCUCGUGCGUGUCCCCGCAGCGGGACAACUACGCGUCGCUGCGGCGGGAGAACCGGGAGCUGAAGCUGGAGAUCUCGCGGAUGCGGGUGCGGCUGACGGAGCUGGAGCGGGAGCAGGGGCUGAUGAAGCAGCAGGGGAGGAUGCGCGGCGGCGGAGGGGACGGCGCCGGCGGCGGGCGGCCCGGCGAGCAGGGGCGCGCCUUCCUCGCGUCGCUGUCGAGGGGCUUCGGCCGCAUCACCAUGUUCGGCGUCGGCGGGCCCGCGGCCGCGGAUAGGAGGCGGAAGAAGAGCGGCAGGAGCUCCCAGUGCUCCGACGGGAAGGCACGCAGGCGGCAGAAGGCGUCCUUCGCCUACGACUGA